AGUGCUGAUGAACCAGAUUCUGGAUGGCGACCUUGGCACGUACCUCAGCGUCUUCAGCUCGCUAACCACCUUGAAGUCCCUCUCCCUGCAGUACAACUGGUUCACCGGGACAUUCCCAAGCGUGCUCGUGAGUGCGCUCAGUGUGACAGAGCUGAACCUGUACGAGAACUGUCUAUACGGCACGCUGCCUGCCGCGGUGAGCAGGAUAAAGUCGCUGGAAGUGGGGCGCAACUACUUCACGGGCACCAUGCCCUCCAGCACCUCCUGGGCCAACUGCGGCGCCUCCUCCAACUGCUUUGCCAGCGUAGGCAACUGCGGCGGCCCCUCGCAAAGAAGCACCAGCUGCAGCAGCAUCUGCUCCAGCACGGAUGGCUCGGGCUGUGGGCUGGCGGCCGUGUGCGUGGCGGAUACAGAUGCAAAGAUCACCAGCUCUCUCAAACAUUCCGCAGGCGAUGACGUGGCGUUUAAUUGUGUUGCAAUCCCGGGUAUCAUUGCGAUGAAUGCAGCGGACGCUGCCGCAAUGCUGAACAUCAAGAGCGUGUUGGGUGCGACCUACACCACGUGGACCGCCGCAGCACCGUGCCGCUUAGCAAACAACUCGGUGGCCUAUCCGGGCGAGUGGAUGGGCGUCUAUUGCACGGAUACUGGCAAGGUGGCGACCAUAUCUCUCCCGAACGCACAACUCAAGGGCUCACUCCAUGCCGACAUCUCCACUCUCACGGCUCUUACCUACCUCGACUUGCAAGCCAAUCUCCUCAACUACCGCCUCGAUUCCUUCACCACUAACCUUCGCUUCCUACCACUGCUGGCCGACAUUGGCAUGGUGGGAAACUACCUGGUGGGGUCGGUGCCGGCGCUGGCCAUUCAGCUGCGCACAUUGGACGUGGGUUACAACUUCCUCACGGACGUCCCAGAAGUCACCUACACCUUCUCUAUGCUGGCGCUCAAGUCGUCGCUGGGUGUGACGUUCAACAACUGGGCGGCCACUGUGCCGUGCGCUCUCAAGGGCAUGACGCCGUCCGUGCCCACGUGGUCCAAGGUGCUCCGCGACACCACCGGCAACGUCGUGAGCAUCGAUAUGUCGAAUCUGGGGCUCACGGGGUCUCUCCAUUCCGACAUCUCCAAGCUCACUGCCCUCACCUACGUGUGUUGCUGA